AAGAAUGACAAGGAAGAUCUUCACCAACACCAGGGAGAGGUGGAGGCAGCAAAAUGUUAACAGUGCCUUUGCCAAGCUGAGGAAGCUUAUUCCCACCCACCCACCAGACAAAAAACUGAGCAAGAACGAGACACUCCGGUUGGCCAUGAGAUACAUCAACUUCCUUGUCAAGGUCCUGGGAGAGCCAGGCCUGCAGCAAACAGCAGUGGCAGCUCGGGGCAGCAUCCUGGGAUUCUUCCAGCAAGCCCCACACUUGCAGAGCAUGGAAGAGCUGACACUGAUUGAAAACUGUGGUGUCUCCUGUCCUGGCAUGAGCAGCAAUAUAGCGGAGUGUUGGUCGGAGGCAUCAUCUCCCUAGCAGACAAUGAGAUGUGCAGUCUCUGUGUUAGUGUGAUAGUCCCUCUCUCCUGGCAGAAUCUGUGGGUUGCUCUUCCAUGUAUUGUGAUUAUUUAUUAAUAUUUAUUGCUAUUUAAUUUGCAUUUUUAUUUAAUAGGAUAGGAAAUCCUUGGUUGUGCAAAAAUCUGGAAGUCAAGACAGAGAACUUGUGGUCUCUGGGAGCUUGGAAGGACUCACUGCUGUCAUGGCAGAGUCCAAGCCAGAACAAUCUUCUGCCCAGAUCUCCUCCAUAAAUCAGGGCACAGAAAUUCCUUCAGUGCUUCUGACAGGGAAAGAGAUUAUUCUCCCAUGCUAUUUCAAGGAAACACUAUUGAGAUGACGAAUUAUGACAGCACCACAAAAUUUGUCCACAACAAACAUCUAACCUCGGUAGUGAAAGAUUUUGAGAUAGGUGAUAUUUGACACAGACCUCCAUGAGUUGUUCUAGGGACUAAUUGCACUAACUCUUGAACUCGUGGAUCUUAUUUCUAGCUUGAUUAUUUAUUUUUUUUUAAAUGUAAGUCCUAGCCCUUGAACCUGGCUACAUCUUUCUUCAUCAGACUGGAGAGAUCCCUUACAUCUGAGCAAAGCACAUUAAACAAGACUAAAUGUUAGGUUAAAGCAAAAAGUGACAAUUUAAAAUGACAAAAUACAUAGUCAUAGAUGAGUUUCAGAGGGUUCAAUAGGCAAAAUAAAUCUCCUCCAUAGCAGUGUGCACGUGAAGGAAGAUGGUCAACUAUGCCCCAGCUGCCUUAAAAGUGCAUCAAAGAGGUUGUUGACUCAAUGACUUUGUUCUUCUGUAGGAGCUGUAGCAAUGGGAGAGGUCCUCUUUGGGAGGGAGGUCCCAGGACAAAGGCCUCAGUGAUGCACUGUGAAAACCUUUAUGGACAAAACUAAGUCUAUGGUUAUGCAUGUAUACCUCACUGACUGCCCUGAGACUCCCUGCUUCCACCUGCUCUAGCUGAGAUUCUCCCACCUGGACACUAUCCCAAACGGGCCAGUGAAGCAAGGACAAAGAAACUGGUGUAAAUAUCUUCCAUUUGUGAGUCACUUCUCUGUAGGAAAAGCACCAACCAUCACACUGUAUAAGCUGCAUGACAAGAGGUUUCAUGAAAGUGGCCACUAGGUAGGUUAUUGUUGCCCACAAAAAAAUAUAAUUUAAUUUCCUGACUGAGUUAUAACCCAUGCCAGCCAAGGCCUGGUCUGCUUAUGUGACUUACAAGCAGCCCAAAACAGCAGAGAAAAUGCCACCAGGUUUAAGCAGAGUGGCUUUCUGGUGAGAUCCUGCUCCCACUGACACAAGUGCCUCUUGAUUUCCAUGUGGACCAAGGCACAUGUCAAGGCUUAGAAAAACAAUUGUUCCUGACUGGUAAAGAAAAUUAGCUCUAGUAAGCCAAGGCAUGUCCCUGGGCUGUUUCUAUUUGUUCAUGAGACAAAGAGGUGCUUUCAGAAAGCAGAACUAGGGUUUGUGCAUGCUGCAUGUACAGCCUUUCUGCAUGAGGGGAUUUGGCACCUGAAGCUGAGCUGCCUUUCAAAGCCUCACCAAGCACCAGGUGCACCAAAGAAGCCAGGGCUGGCUCCUGCUAUGGGAAUGUUGAGCUGUCCACAGCAUUGGCAAAAGCCAAGGUCUGACAUGAGCACAGCUCAGCCCAUCCAGCGCUGGUGCUGUAAGGUACAGGCAUGCCAGUGGACAGAUUUUGACCAAAAGAAAGAAAGAAAAAAAGAAUAGAAAAACCUGAAAGGGCUCAUGUUGAUUUGUUUUCCAUUCUGAACACUGCUAAUAGUUUGCUUAUCCCUGGGUUUGUGAGCUAUCAGGACUGCCCUGGGGAGCAGCUGAGUGGAAGGGCACUCAGAAUCCUUCGCAUGGUUCAUUUCUCCUCACCUCUGCCCACCUUAACGUGACUAAAUGGGGCCACAGCCCCCUCUGCAUGGCACCCCAAAGGUAAUGAGCCACAUCCUCCUCCCAGCUUACC